GUCCAUUUUUGAACCAAACGACGCGCGUUUUUCUUGUUUUCGUUUGAUCCUCCGUCCGCUCUACAGCUAAGCGGUUAGUAACAGUAAAAAGGACCGAAGCGGAAUGGACAAGAGCCGGAAAAGCAAUGGAAAUGGCAGCUAUAUGGACCAGAACUCGUUAGGUAUCCUGAACAUGGAUAAUCUUAAGGUCUUUGGCGAUCUCUCCAGCUUCAGUAAGAGCGGCAGGCGCACCACAUCCAGCAGGGAUGCAUCCGGCAUUCAGGAGCGACUCAAGGCCGAGAGGCAGCGAGCCAUGGAGGCCUUGGAGAAGCCGCGACCCACUCGUAUCAGCCACACAAAGCCUGCUGCUGCCAGUAUCUGCUCCAGUACAAACAUUUCAGAGUUGGUCACCGACGAAACCAUUGACCUUAAUAGCAGUGGGUCCUUUGCUUUGGUCACACCCGCCCCAAAAGGUAGCAACGUUUCGUUCGAGCCGGCCGAAAUCACCGGCAGAUCCACUCUAUGUGGUCGUCGGGAAAAGACAAAGCCCUCGGUUUCCGUCGCCGACAUCUUGAAGAGUUCCUUCGUGGAAAAGGCUCGCCUGCUGGAGAAGAAGCUACAGAACGCCAGCCAGUUGGACGCCAGCUAUCAUAUGUCCAGGAUAAACUCAACCAACCUAACGGAUUCCUUCAAUUGUUCUCGAAGUCUGCCCCGUACGGCAGAUCUAAGUGACCUUAGUCUGAAUGGUGGAGGAGGAUUCUCCUUUGGCUCUGCUUCGGUGUCUGGCCAGGCGCUGGACGAGAGCUUUGCGCCUGCCGAGUUGAUGCAGUCAAAGCUGGUUCAGGGUGAGAUCUCAUGGGCCCAGGAGUUCACAGCCAUGCCCACGGCCACCAUGAGCAACCAAGCUAUCCAAAAGAUGGCAGCGCCACCACCCGCCUCUGAUAUAGAGACUUCUGUGUCAAACUCUGUUUUGGCCGGCGAUCCCGACUUUUCACUGGGAAACUACUUCCAGACGCGGUCCGAGAACCUCUUUAAUAUCGUGAACAACAAUACCAGUCCGGACCGCGUUCGCUCUGUUCAGCCCCUAAUGGAGGCUGAUGGCAAUCAGACCCUAGGCUCCUUGGCUGCAAAGACUCCGCUGCCAGAAAAUAGAACUUACACGAAGCCCCAGGAGGCAGUUGGGAGCUCAUCUCAUCUGGGCCAGAAUCUCAUGAGGAAAAUGCAGCAGGAUCGGAUUCAGGCAGCUUUCAAGUCCAAUAAUAAUGUCCAACCAGAGCCUAAGCGUCCUCCUUCGAGUUCCGAGAUCCUUAGUCUGUCGGCCAUUGAUAAGGCUCUGAGGGAUCUUGAUCUUAAUUCGGAUACCUCAACAGUGGAGGUGGUAAACCACUUAUGGGAGCACGGCCGUGGUAAUCACUACCAGGAGGAUGAAGACAAUAAAGAGAACCUGGAGAACAAGGAGAACCAAGAUCGUAGCCGAGGAGAUAGAACGCUAUGCGGUUCCAAAAAGCUGUCAGACACUAUGAGUUUCACGGAUUCUUUGCUGAACUCAUCGGAUUUUCGGCAUCUGCAGCAAAGUAUAUCACGGAAGCCGCUUAGCCCCUUGGCGGACCAUCCCCAGAUAACUAUCAGCCGGGCGGACACCGAACCUGUGGAUGCCGAAGCUGAAGCGGACAUUGAUGAAUGGCCUUCAACGCCAGUGAAAGAUGCCAACAGGCGCGUCCGACGAACGAAGGUUUCUCCAAGAAGGGCCUCGCCUGCCAGCAGUGAUGGGGUGCGUCCAUUAACCGGAACGGAGGAUGAAAAUGAAAAUGAGGACGAUGACAAAACGCCGGUUAACAAAAAGCGAGUCUCCAUCUCGACAUCGGUGGGACUAUUGCCGCGCAACCCAACCUCAUUAAGUAGCACCCGUCUGGACGGAUGUGAUGCUGCAGUUGCCUCGUCCACUGAGCGUGAGUUUGGCAUCUCGCCGAGUUUGAGCAAGAACCUGUCGCCCAUGUCCUCGCCACGAAGCUGCCUCUCCUCACCGCUGCUGGACAGCACAACCAAUUCUGAGCGCCGGCUGUUGAUGAACGGAGUUGCACGUAAGGCCAACUCCUCGCCGGCGGGCAGUGAGUCAAGCUGUAUCAGUGGAUCUGUAAGACGUGGACCUGGAGUGGCGUCUAUUUCCUCGGUUACAGCGCCGCGUAGCAUCUCCCGCUGCUCGAACUCCAGCGAGUUUAGUCACCGCGACGGAAAACUGCUUCCCUUGAAGGUGACAAACACAAGCCUGUGCUGGGGCAGCACCAAACUCCGCACGGAUGUGCGAAAAUGCAUGAAAGUGAAGAACACGGCAGACAAGCGGCUCGUUAUUCGGCUGGGGAUCCAGGGACCCGGAUUCCAGCUAGUCGGAAGCGACAGUAGCACCAUAACUCUACAGGCAAUGGAGUGCCGUUCGGUGGUGGUUAACUUCUGUCCCACUGUUUGCGGAGCAGCUAUCGGAGCAUUGUCCUUUUAUGCUCCUGCCGGAGCACACAACUGCAGCCAGCCUGGACUGGAGAUCCCACUGUACGGCUAUGGAGGAAGCGCCUCCAUUGCUAUACAGGGCCUGCUCAAGGGACCGGUCGGUGCUAGCUUUUUAACGAUUGGUGAUGUUUGUGACCUAUCAGCCGGACCACUGUCGGCCUCUCUACGGUUUCAAAAUAAGGGUCCUCUCACCGCUUUCGUGUGCAUAUCAGUCGACUCCACCGUGCUGAUGAAAUUGCGACUGAGCGAAGCUUUCGAGGUGAAACCCAGCCGGAUGAUCCUACCACCAAAUACGGAGGCCAACGUACAGAUCCUCUUCCGUCCAAAUCGUGAGGACAUGAAAAACAUUCUAAAGAAGACGGCCCAGGUGCUGACGCUAGCCAAUAUGCGAAUCUUCUGCGGCGACGAGCCCAACAGGCAGCGAAUGCGAAGUCUGGUCCAGCGGAUGAGCAGCAGGGAAAGGGAGAAAUAUACCUCUCCAAUGCUAGAAAACAUGUGGGGAUCCUUUCCGGAUGAGCAACAGGUCCGAAACAUUGGCUCACUCAAUGAGCCACCCGAUUUCAUAUUAGACUUGGUGACCAUGGUGCGAAUCAUUGAUGUGGCGCUAACCCUCAACCGGGACUUUGAUGAAUCCGACGAGAGCUCGCUGAUGUUUCUGCCGGAGGCGGAGGAAACUGUCCUCUUCCGUACAAUUUGUGCCGCAAACUCACCCACCCCCACCCAGAGUAACCUGUUGGAGCCGGUAGAUGAACUUCUGGAGGCGGAUACCACCACAAUUACCGGUCUACCCGUGGAUCGCAAUUGGUCCGUGCAGCCUGCAUCGCUGGAACUAAAUGCCAGCAACUUCUCCGUGGGCACGUUGUCGGUGAUAAACAGCUUCAGCUCCCGCCAACUGAUUGAGGUCAAUAGCAGCGUACCGGAUUUGGUGCGUGUCAAUCCCAGCGAGUGCUACGUAGCUCCUGAUGGGGGGCAGGUGGAGAUCGAGGUACGUCUGCUGCGGCCGCCUAGACGGGAAUUGCUCUCAAAGGAGCCGCUUAUCACUGUCUCCAUGGAAAAUGAACGUAUUACUGUACCCCUUAGCUUUAAGUUUUAAAAAAUGUUUGUGCCUGCAUGUAGCGGUUAUCUACUUAUUCUUUACUUGUUCUUUAAUAAAACGCAAUUGUGUCUAUAAUUUUUUAUUGCAA